AGGCAGAGGGAGCGAGCGGGCGGGCCGCCGGGGUGGAAGAGCGGAGGGAGCACCGCAGCUCCGAGCGUUCUGGGAAGGAGCCCCAGAGGCUUGGAUAGGGGCUUCGCCUCGGGCCCCGCCGCCCCCUCCCCGCCCUCCCGCUGACCCCACCGUCGGCCCGCGGCGCUCGCCUGGUCCGGGAAACUUUACGCGUUGCAGCGGGCGGACACUUUGCCCUGGGACUUACAACAGCCGGCGAGGACGCAGGAGGCUAUUCCUUCUAUUUGGGGACACUUCCCAGCCUCUGCCGGGACCCACGCCUCCGAACGGCGCUCCUCGCCGCCGCUGAAAGGCUGGAUUUCCUUCGGGUCGUGGAAAACCCAGCUGCCGCCACCAUGCCUCUCAACGUCAGCCUCCCCAGCAGGAACUAUGACCUCGACUACGACUCCGUCCAGCCCUAUUUCUAUUGCGACGAGGAGGAGAACUUCUACCAGCAGCAGCAGCAGAGCGAGCUGCAGCCGCCGGCGCCCAGCGAGGAUAUCUGGAAGAAAUUCGAGCUGCUGCCCACCCCGCCCCUGUCCCCGAGCCGCCGCUCCGGGCUCUGCUCUCCCUCCUACGUUGCCGUCGCGUCCUUCUCCCCCGGUGGCGACGACGGCGGCGGCGGCGGCAGCUUCUCUACCGCCGACCAGCUGGAGAUGGUGACCGAGCUGCUGGGAGGAGACAUGGUGAACCAGAGCUUCAUCUGCGACCCGGAUGACGAGACCUUCAUUAAGAAUAUCAUCAUUCAGGACUGUAUGUGGAGCGGCUUCUCAGCAGCCGCCAAGCUCGUCUCGGAGAAGCUGGCCUCCUACCAGGCUGCGCGCAAAGACAGCGCCAGCCCGAGCCCCGCCCGCGGGCACGGCGGCUGCUCCACCUCCAGCCUGUACCUGCAGGACCUGAGCGCAGCCGCGUCCGAGUGCAUCGACCCCUCGGUGGUCUUCCCCUACCCGCUCCACGAGAGCAGCUCGCCCAAGCCCUGCGCCUCCCCGGACUCCUCCGCCUUCUCGCCGUCCUCAGACUCUCUGCUGUCCUCCACGGAGUCCUCCCCACGGGCCAGCCCGGAGCCCUUGGUGCUCCAUGAGGAGACCCCGCCCACCACCAGCAGCGACUCUGAAGAAGAGCAAGAGGAUGAGGAAGAAAUCGACGUGGUCUCGGUGGAGAAGAGGCAGCUCCCUGCCAAGAGGUCGGAACCCGGGUCACCCCCUGGAGGACACACCAAGCCUCCGCACAGCCCUCUGGUCCUCAAACGGUGUCACGUCUCCACCCAUCAGCACAAUUACGCAGCACCGCCCUCCACGAGAAAGGACUAUCCCGCCGCCAAGAGGGCUAAAUUGGACAGUGGCCGCGUCCUGAAACAAAUCAGCAACAACCGCAGAUGCGCCAGCCCCAGGUCCUCAGACACGGAGGAGAACGACAAGAGGCGGACACACAACGUCUUGGAACGUCAGAGGAGAAAUGAGCUGAAACGCAGCUUUUUCGCCCUGCGGGACCAGAUCCCGGAGUUGGAAAACAACGAAAAGGCACCCAAGGUGGUCAUCCUCAAAAAAGCCACGGCCUACAUCUUAGCUCUCCAGGCGGAGGAGCAGAAGCUCCUUUCGGACAAGGACUUGUUGAGGAAGCGGCGGGAACAGCUGAAACACAAACUUGACCAGCUACGGAACUCUUGCGCAUAAGGCGGCCAGGUCCUGCGCUGCUCCUAGGUCCUCAGCUCCUGGCUGAGCCAGUGAGGGGCGCGGACGUUCCCAGCACAAGGACCUGGGCAAUUCUCGGCGAUUUAUGAACAGCUAAGAGCAAACAGAUGCAUGGUCGGUCACAACCUCACAACCGUGGCUGAGUCUUGGGACUGUAAGGUUUAGCCAUAAACUGCCUCAAAUAGAACUUUUAGGCAUAAAAGAGUUUUUAUGCUUGACUUUUUUUUUGUUUCCCUUAACAAAUUUGUAUUUAAGAAUUGUUUUUUAAAAUCUUAAUGUCGACCAACGUUCCCUAUGUAAAUAUUGAUAUUAAAUGUAAAUAACUUUAAUAAAACGUUUAUAACAAUUAUACAAGAUUUCAAACAUGUAUUAUAAACCAUAAUUUUUUUUAUUUAAGUACAUUUCCUUUUUAAAGUUGAUUUUUUUUCUAUUGUUUUUAGAAAAAAAUAAAAUAAUUGGCAAAUAUAUCUUGGAGCCAAAUCUUAA